UCCUGGUGAGUUAGGGCCCCGCCGGGACUCGAACCCGCGCCCCUCAUAUAUAAUUCCGCCUUUCCUCAGCUUCGUUAGUGUACCUCGGUCGCAGCUUCAGAAUGGAUGACAAGACAGAAGAAAAGGAUCAGAGGAAGAGCAGAGUGUCCAUCAUGGGCCGAAGCCGGUCUACUCGCUCCCAGUUCAAGUCCUUCAGCAGGAUGAGGAUGAGGUCUCACUCCUAUGGGUUCGGCAGCGUCCACGGAGUACGACCCUCGGAACGUGGGUCGCAGUUGGCGCCAGAGUUCAAGCGUCCCCAGCUUAUGUACCUCAACACGUACCAACUGAGCAGCUUCAAGCCUUUUGAUGUGACCCUGGUAAAAGCAGCCGUGGAGCAUUCCUUGGAUGACCACUUCAGCGACCAUACAUACCACGCUCAGGCGUCUCCAGCGUUAGCCUUACGAGUCGCCAGCGAGAUCCUGAAGAAAAUCAAGAGUAUGGCUUUCAACCGGUACCGCAUCAUAGCGGUGGUCAGCGUGGGCCAGAGACGGGCCCAGAGCUUCGUUAACGCUGUCUCCUUCCUGUGGGACCACGAGAGGGACACCUAUGUGGACGUCCACAAAGAAACCCCUUCUGCCUUCAUCCAGGUUACCGUGUUUGGGGUUUACUUGGAUUAGGUAAUAAAAUACUACAACAAGA